CAAAGAACGGAACACUAGGAAAAGGCGUCGAGAACAAAACCCUACGAAGGCGAAAGGGCAAGCCCACGGUGUGGUAGAAUGGAAAAUGUCGCUCUGCCACCACAGCAGCAAUCACAGCAGCAGCAGCAGCAGCAACAACAACAACAUGAACCACGAGCAACACCGGCAGCCGAGGACGACAACGGUGGCGGGACUACAUCGAUCGACACCUUUCAGGAAUACAAACCCACAGCGCUUCCCCCGAUUGUGGUUCGGGCUUGCAACGAAUGGUACAGCGGAACCAUUGGCAGUUGCAAUGGGGAACAAUCGAACGCAAACCAAAGCGAAAGGGCAAAGGAAAACGCACACGUCAUCGAUCUGACCGAAACCGAAACCAAAACCAAAACCGAUGCAAAGAGACAGAUUGAUCCUUCGGCACCAGCAAACGCAACAACAAGCCCAGAUCCGAAAGGAGAACAAGAACCAACGCCAACAACUUUAAUCGAAGAGAAGCAAAAGGAUACCGAGGCCAAGCCCCUGCUUUCACCGACACUGACCGUUCCUUCCCACACCUCGAGUGCCUGCGAAUCCGCCUUGCUGUCCAGCGUUGCCGCCCCGAUGGUUCCCGAAGAAACCGCCGAGUGCAUUCUCCCCCUGCUGGCGCAGACUCCAAGAAAGGAUCGCGAUCGCGGUCCACCACCCCCUCUGUCCCCGCUCCAGAUGGAAGGCGUACUGCUGGCCAUACAGCGGCACCGCCGCAUCCACUACGACGAUGGUCUGCCAAAGCCAAAGCCGCAGCCAGGGCAACCCCCAUUGCCGCCCGCGCAAUCGGGGAAGGGAUCUCCCGGAGCCACCGGGGUCCGCGCCGGAUUCUUUCUGGGAGACGGGGCCGGGAUCGGCAAGGGCCGGCAGAUCGGUGCGAUCCUCCGGGACGGCUUUUGCCGGGGCCGGAAGCGCCACGUCUGGCUCUCCGUCUCGCGGGAGCUCAUCCUGGACGCCAGGCGCGACCUGGGGGACGUGGGCGUCCACUGUGCGAGGGACGGGGCGGUCUACGACGGGACCCGCUUCCUGGGGGACGGUGGCACUUCGUCGUCGUCGGCCGCCCUGGGCCGGAAGGACCGGGGGGUCCUCUUUCUGACCUACAACCUGCUGGUGAGCGCCAACCGCAUCGAGCAGAUCAUUGCCUGGUGCGCGGGAACGGAGCAGCUCGGGAGGCGCAGAGACGGGGGCGGACGCACAAGCGAUGUGCAAAAGCUGGAGCGACGGCGGGCCAUGGAACAAGCCUUUGACGGGUGCAUCGUCUUUGACGAGGCCCACAAGGCCAAGAACCUCUCGAACAACACCAAGACGGCGCAGCUGGUGCUUCUCCUGCAGAGGCGGCUCCCCAUGGCGCGGGUGGUCUACUGCAGCGCCACCGGGGUGUCCGACGUGGAGCAGCUGGGGUACGCGGAACGGCUGGGGCUUUGGAAGAUCGGCGGUCCCUCCGGCGUCGGGUCCGUGCUCCCGAACGCCACGCCAAGCGGCGAUUCCUCCGGGGGACGGUUCUCGGACUUUGGAGCCUUUUGCGGGUCCCUCGAGCGGCGGGGCCUGGGCUCCCUCGAGCUCCUGGCCCUCGAGCUCAAGACCCGGGGAUCCCUCAUGGCCCGGACCCUUUCCUGGGAGGGGGCCGAGUUCCAGACGGCCGAGGUCCCCCUCGAUGCCCGCCAGCGCGGGGUCUACGACCGGAGCGUGGCCUGGUGGAACGCGGCCCAGGCCGAUCUAAGGGAGGCCCUGGAGCUCCUCUCGUCGCUGCCCGCUUCGGCGGCGGAUUCCUCGCAGGGGGUGGCGGCCUUGUCGCGGCAGAUCUGGGGGACCUUUUGGGCGGCCCACCAGCGCUUUUUCAAGGAGCUGGCCAUUUGUGCCAAGGUCCCCUUUCUGGCGAGGGACGCCCUCGCCCAGAUCCAGAUGGGCCGCUCCGUGGUCUUUGGGCUGCAGGGAACCGGGGAGGCAGGCAUGCAGACCCUGCUGAAGGGGCUCGCCGGCGAUGCCGGAAACAACAAUCUCUUUCCAGAGCUCCUCUCCACCGCGGAGGCCUGCCUGACCGGUUUUGUGGGACAGCACUUCCCGGUCGCCCCUCCCCCACCGGAAAUCCCGUCCCUGCCGAGCGAGCCCCCCAAGGACGAGGCCGAUCGCCACCGAAACUCCGCCAUCCGGGCAAGCAUCGAGAGGCUCUCCGGGCUCCCCCCGCCCGAGCCGAUCCCCGAGCUGGUGGCCAAGCGGGAGCGGCUGAAGGAGGCGGUCCGCCACAUCGGGCUGCCGCCCAAUCCGCUCGACGACCUGAUCGACCGGCUGGGCGGAACCGACAAGGUGGCCGAGAUGACCGGCCGGUCCGGCCGCAUGGUCCGGGUCCGAGGCCAGCCUUCCGCCGGCUUUUGCUACUCGAAACGUUUGGCGGUCGCCGCCAGGGGCAGGGACGGCCCCGCGGUGAACAGGGGGGAGGACGCGGACCGGACCAACACGAUCGAGCGGCAGAGCUUCAUGGACGGCACCAAGCCCGCGGCCAUCAUCAGCGACGCGGCCAGCACGGGGGUCAGCCUCCACACGGCGUGUGGGAGCAGGGCGAGCCACCGGCGACGGGUCCACUACACCAUCGAGCUGCCCUGGUCGGCCGACAAGGCCGUCCAGCAGCUCGGGAGGUCCCACCGCAGCGGCCAGGAAUCGGCGCCGAUCUACAAGCUGGUCGUCACAAACCUCGGGGGGGAGCGGCGGUUUGCGGCCGCCGUCUCGAAGCGCCUGGCGAGCCUCGGGGCCCUGACCAAGGGGGACCGCAGGGCCGCCACCGGUGCGGACCUGUCGGAUUUCGACCUGGACAGCAAGUACGGCAAGCGGGCCCUGAAGCGGUUCUACCGUGCCCUGCAAGAAAACGAGGCCACCGGGGGCGAAUCGUCGUCGUCGUCGUCGGCAGUGGGGAUCCUUUCCUCCGGAAACGAGGGCGUUCGGGCCAUCGUGGAGCAAUUUCUGAGGGAGAGCCGGGAAGCCGGCGACGCCCGGCUCCUGAAGAGCCUGCCGGUGGACGACGAGAAACUAAGGCACGCGUGCGUUCUCUCGAUCGCGGUGGCCGAGCUGGACCGGAUCGGCGUGGACCGGGAGGCGAGGUCCAAGGCGGACGUCCGGGUCUUUCUGAACCGGAUCAGCGGCCUGGCGGUGGCGAGGCAGUCCCUGGUGUUUUCCCUCUUUCUGUCGGCGCUGGAACGGGUCGUGAAGGAGGCAAAAUCCUCCGGCGAGUUCGAGGGCACCGCGGAGGACGUGACGGCGACCAGCAUCGAGAUCGGGGGGGAGAGGAUCCUGGCCAUCGACCCGUCCUCCGGGGCACCCACCAAGCUGACUACCCUGGUUCUCGAUCGAGGAAUCCCGUUCCGGGCCGUCCGGGACAUGGCCCUCCGGGAAGCCCAAAAGCUCGGCCGAGAAGACGAAGACGAAGAGACUCGCGCACAAGAACCCCGGGUAGAUCCCGAAAAGGAGAACAAAGAAGACGGCUUUAUCGUCCUCGACGGCGAGGGAGACCAAACGAGCGACGACGAGGAAAACACCGAGUGGACGACAAGGAGAUCCGUGCCCAAGAAAAAGCCCAUUGCGGAACCGGGCUUUUACGUUUCCAAGAACAAGAUCCGCGGGAGGUACCUGGUUCUCUUUGCCAGGAGAAAGUUUGACCGGUCCGUCUUCAAGACGGAAGACGAGGCCGCCGCCCUGGAUCCCCUGGGAUUGAUGCAGAUCGUCCGGCCGAACACGGGGACGAGCCUCACCGACAAGAGCACGAGGGACCUCCACCAAGCGUACAGGCUCGUCCUGGCCUGCCGGGACCUCCGUGACGGCCACGUGGCAUCGGCCACCGAACCGGAGAAGAGCCACCUGGCCCGCUCCGUCCAGACCGUGAAAACCUCCUGGAGGACCGCCUUUCGGGAAUCCAACGGCUUUGGCCACGGCAAGGGCCUCGCCCCCCGCCGCCAAGAGGUGUCGCUGGUGAACGGCCCCGUCCUCCACGUGCUGCCGGCCCUCGAGAAGGCGGUCCGGAUGCGGUCCGAGCCACAGCGGGCCCUGAAGAUCGUCCGGGCCAGGGUCGGGAGCCGGCGGAUCGUCGGGGUCCGGUUUCCCUCGGACGACGAGGCCACGAGGGCGCUGGGGGCCGAGCUCGAUGCCCUGCGAAGGGCCCGGAAGGGUGUCGGCAGGGGCUUUGCCGACGAGGACCUGGCGCCGGUCUGUCCCCGGACGAUGGCGUGGGCAAUUACCGAGCGCAAGACCAUGAAGAGCUUUUUUGGGGUGGCGGGUCCGGGGCCUUGCCACCGCCCCCUGGAUCCGAACCGCGGGAGCGGGGGCACGAGCGCCAAAACCACGGCGCCGGGGGCUCGUUCCGGGAGGAAGCGCGGCGGCGGCGGCUCCGACCGAUGCCCGGCCGGGAAGAAGGCAAAACCCUCGACGCUCAUGUCGUAUUUUUCCAAAAAGAAAAAAUGACUCCGUCCGUCCGACGCUAUACCAACGAUUGUGUUAGAGCGAAAAAGUUUCGAAACCGAUCUUUCGGAUUGGCAAUCACCGAAUUACUAAACAAAACUGCAUAGA